UUUGACAUAUUGGUAGCCCAAGAGUGGAAAAACGCAUUAAAUCCCGGCCCAACCAACCACCGAACAACCAACUAACCGGCCGACCCACGACCGAAACCCAUCCUCUGCUUUUCCCUAUAUAAACCCUCCUCCGGGAGCUUCAACAUUCACUCACCCAGCAAUCUUCUCUCGAUCGAGCAGCUUUCUAAAACAAAACACAUUUCUCUUACCUUACACUUCUCGUAGUCCUUUUUGUGCUGCGAAGAAUGGCGGGUGCAGCAGCGAAGGUGGUGUCGAUGGUCCUGGUGUGCGCCCUGGUGGCAGCCCCAUUCAUGGCGUCGGUGCAUGCCAUAACAUGCGGUCAGGUGACGAGCAGCCUGGCUCCAUGCCUGGGUUACCUGAAGGGCCCUGGGCCCGCGCCCGUCCCGUCGGGAUGCUGCAACGGGGUGAAGGCCCUCAACGCUGCCGCCCAGACCACACCUGACCGCCAAGCUGCUUGCGAGUGCUUGAAAUCCACCGCCGGCUCAGUCGGCGGCAUCAACCCCGGCAAGGCCGCUGGCCUCCCCGGUGCAUGUGGCGUCAACAUUCCCUACAAGAUCAGCACCAGCACCAACUGCAAAUCCAUCAAGUGAAGCGUACGUGUAAAACGAACGUGAGCAGGGAAUUAAGCGGCCAUAUUAGGUUCUGCGCUAAUAGUUAUUAUCAAUAAUAAAAUGUGGUACGAGUCUAGUACGUACUGUGGUGGCUCUUCAUUGUCUCUCCACUGUUCUAUGGAUCGUCUGUGUUUUGUUUUAGUCUUUGUGUUUUGUAACGUGUGACCACUUUAUAUGGUCAAUGCUACGUACUUUUAUGUAAUGAAAUGAAAGUGGCGAGCGGUAUGCAUAUAUAUGCCACUUCAUUAUCUCUUUAUUAUCUACACAAUCAAUAUUGCCUAGCCACUAACUACAUCAAAUUAACCUCUCGGGCUUGUGGUGAGGCUAAUUAGUAACUAAUCUCCAGACUUCUUCCGGAUUUAUACUACAGACUGUAUGCAUGUAAGACUUACCAAGGCACUGACCAUAUAUAGCACCUGGUAUAUUUGGACAUUUAGUAUGUAACCUACAAAUGAAAUUAUCAU